AGACCCAUAGACUCACACAGCAGAGACGCAUAGACUCACACAUAGAGACCCAUACACUCACACAGACGCAUAGACUCACAUAGAGACCCAUAGACUCACAUAGAGACCCACAGACUCACACAGAGGAUCUAUAGUCAAGGGCACGCGGACCAGGGAAGCCAUCCCCAGAUUCGUCUCCAUCUCUGUUUAGAAAUGGGCUCAAAUCCUCCUCCUUCACCUCGUCAUCGUCGUCGUCCUCACCCCGGGGUCUCCCUCGUGAUCAUCGUCGUCGUCUGCGCGGCGUUUCUCGGAGGCGGCGUUGAGGGCCGCGCGGUGGUGCGGGUCGCGUCCCAGGCCCUCACGGUGGCCGUCGGCUCCUCGGCGCUGCUCAACGUCUCCUUCUCGCUGCAGCGGCCCACGGGGGUGGGCCCCCCCCCCGGGUCAGGCGACCCCCACGCGGAGGUGGACGUCGAAUGGACGUUCCACAGCGGCGGCACGGAAAUGCGCGUGGCCCAGCGCAAGCAGGGCAUCACCAACCUGCGCACGUACGAUGGCCGCGCGCAGCUUUACCCGCUGAACGGCAGCCUGGUGCUGAACUCGCUCACCAAGAAGGACGGCGGCGUCUACACGGUGCACGUGACCGACACGGCAGACGGCGGCAAGGACCGCAAGCAGAUCCGAGUCACCGUGCUCAACCCCGUCUGGGGGGUCUCGCUGUCCCCGUCGCCCAACCCGGCGGCGAGCGGGGCCUGGGCGGAGGGCCAGAACGUGAGCCUCUCCUGCUCCGUGUCGUCGGGCGACGAGGUCUCGCUGGCGUGGAGCCGCGAUGGGGACCCCGCGCUCCUGUCGCGGCGCCACCUCCGCUUCGCCGACAACAACGCCACGCUCGCCAUCGACGGGCUGCAGGCGGACGACGCCGCCACCUACGCGUGCGUCGCCUCCAACCGCGUGAGCCGCAAGGAGGCGUCGUUCGUCGUCACAGUUGAGGGAAACGGCGCCGCGAGGCUGGGACGCGGAACGCCGUGGAGCGCAGGCGUGAUCCCCCUCUUCAUACUCAGCUGUCUGCUGAUCGUUGCCUAAGUGGCAGCCCAACACCCAUCAGCACCAUCAGCACCCUCGGAGCAGGAAGAAGAAGAAGAGCGAGCGAGCGAGCGAGCGGAGGAUGAAGAGGAGGGACGAGGAAGACGAUUGUAACUUAUUUAAAAGAAGAACACGUUAUUCAAUCCACGUGCGCCGCAUUCUCCUCAUCCUCCCUCCUCCUCCCUCCCUCCUCCUCGCCAUUCACUCGGCGUCCUUCAGCUGUCGAUGUCCGUGAUUGACUGUCGUUGCUUUCUCGCCGCGUUGUUUCGUCUCCGCACGCGAUGCCACCGCGUUGUUUCGUCUCCCCGUCCCUUCGUUCGCGAACGCAGUAUUCUUUUGAUCUCACGCGGUUGCUUCACUUCUCCCUCCCUCCCCCCUCUCUCUCAACGACUUGCCACAAACUGUGAGCCGCGUGUCAUCAUCCCUGACACGAGCGCGUGGCUGAGCCCCGAUUGUAAUCGUGGUGGAGGCCCUCUGGCGGGGUAGCUUGAGUUGAGACCGAGCCGCGCGUAGCCAACCGCGCCGGAUCACUGAAACUAAAACGCCGCUAUUGCACGGUCAACCCCGGGGUGACCACCCCCCACGCCCCCCAGGCAAACCCAAAUGUAGACGUCUAUGAGGAGCUUCGUAUAACGGUCAGGUCGGAUCGCAACGCUGUCGCGCUGCGAUCCGACCUCGGGAGGCGCGCCCCAGCGACCCGCGCGUAACUAAAAGGGCGCUAACGGCGGCCCCCGCUUUGUCUGUCCACGACCCCGUCGGCCGCGCGAACGCGCAGUGCGUAAAUGUCAAGCGGCGCGAGCAACGACAACAAACAACAACAACAACAAACUCUCCGACGUUCGGAUGUCUCGUCGGGAGCAGAGCGAGGCUCGCUCGGACCGAUGCCCUGGUUAGAUCUGUUUGCAGGACCCGACAGGUCUGAAAAAGGGGAAUCGCCUGGCCCGCUGGACGCGUGAACGCGCCCCUGGUCAUGACGGACAAGCGCGUUCGAAAUGCGCGGCGGAGAACGAACAACGCCGAGCGGAUUGUGAAGGGGAGGAGGCGCCGGUCGUCCGCUGUUCCUCCUCGCCCUCUUUAUAUUCUGCCCCAAGCGGUGACUCCUUCCAGGAUCGCGACGGCGUCGCUUUGUUUGGGCAUUGACUCCGAAGAGUCACGCGCCGAAAUGUGAGAAACGAUGAAAUCGCACGUACACCGAAAUUUAUCUUAAUUAAAAUAUUUUUUAAACCCCCCCCCCCCCCCCCCCACUUGAAGAGCUCAAGUUGAAAUCAACAACGGUGGGGCCAAACGGUUUGAGCUCUUUUCAAAUCACCAAGGUGGUGAAGGUGGCGUCUGGCCCCACGCUUGGUGAUUUCAACUUGAACUCAAAGGUGGUGUCUGGUGCCAAACACCACCUUGGUGAUUUGAAAAGAGCUCAAAUUCAAAUCACCAAGGGGUGGUGUUUGACGCAACGUUGGUCCCGCAAAAGGUGACUCAACGUUGGUCCAGCAACGUUGAGGAGGUAGGAACUGAAUAGACAGAGAGAGAGAG